CGCUAUAGGGGAGAGGGUCUGUUAUGAACCUCUCUGCUAGCAUCUCCUGGCUCGCGAUCUUGGAUACCUGAGCUCGCUGCUGCCUUUGGGCCGUCUUUUUUAUUUUUUAUUUUUUAUUCUACACCUACCAUAAUUCCGUUCGUCACCAUCUCAUUCGCUCUGGUGGCCUCCGUUGUCUAUCGCUUCUAAUAACCACUGCCUGGCCGUAAUCGUCGUAGUGCCGGGAAAAUAAUAAGACGUCGUCGUUAUUCACGUCGUUCGCUUCCGACGCCCUCUCCACCGGCCCUGUUUCCUGUAAUCUGCCCGAGACUGUGGCCCCGGACGUACUCGACGCACGCUCGUUAUCCCUUCGUCGAACCCGAUCGGCGUAUUGCACAGGCUCGACGACGCUUCCGAGUCGCUAGGAACGUCCUGGUAGACCGAACCCAACCCAUCCCGAAACUGGCGGGCCGAUUCUGUAUCCUGGGCGUUUUGUCAUACGGAGUGUAAAGAGCUUCGUGAUUGUCCGGAAGGACACCACGGUCUCGCUGUGCCCAACAUGGCGAACCCGCAAGCCCGAAUGUCCAUGUACUCGGUGGCCUCCGAGGCUAUGGGAGGCCCCCGUGGCGCCGGACAACAAUCGACUCAAGUCUCGACGACUACCCUCUUGAACGGCAUUCAUAACAUCUACCUAUCCUCUCAGCCUUACCGGUUGGACGCCGGGACGAGCCUCGUCGUGAACACCUGGCUCACGGCGACGCAAGCAGGACCCGAUGGGAAAACGGGAGGGACUGUCGACGGCGCGCUAGCAGCGAGAGCCUGGGAACAUGCUAGACGCCGAGCUGAAGAUGGCUGUAUAGUUCUGGGGUCGCUCCAUUCUUCAACCCCUUCGCUCCUGAACCCCUUCCUCUCGUCGCUGCCGCUUUCUCUCCCGUCGUCUCUAUCCACUGCCCUCGAAGUUAUCAAACCAUUCAUUCGCUGCGUCACCCCAUACAACCCGUCUACACCACGACAAUCGGCCCUCGGCGUAACUCUGACUCUCAACCUAGCCGGGAACUUGACUGCCGCUAGCGUAGCUUUGUCGCAGGGCGGUAUUGAUACCGUCAAGGGGUUGCUCGAAGUCCCCGCCGAACCCGGCUAUCGUGCGUUUGAUGUCUUCUACUAUCUCUUGACCUCGGCCUCCACCCCAGCUGAGCGGGAGUUUCUGGGUCUUAAAUCUGCGGCUAGCUACUCGCUGUUGGCCCGGUCCGGCACGUAUACCCCGCCGUCAUAUCUGCCGACGGCCGAUGAUGCUGCUGCCGCGGAUGAUUUCCGAACGGCACUUAAAGAAAUUGGCAUCAAGGGUUCGGCCCACCGAAACUUCAUAUCUACCCUUGCUGGGCUCCUCAAGCUGGGAAAUACCCUGGACUAUAAUGUUGAUGAGGAUGUUCUCGACGAAGUCUGCGAAGAUGUAAGUGGGUUACUCGGCAUCGAUCCCGAGGUCCUCUCGAGGCAAUGUUCGACGGAUGAUAGACGAACCCUGGUGGGAGGAUUGUACGAAGCUCUCGUCGAUUGGGUAGUUACGAAGGCAAACGAAGCCAUUGCUCUCCAAAUGUCUCGGAUUCGAGACGGGGAGGAGUCUCUCGAUGGCUUCAGGACGCCAACGUCUGCCGAGGACCAUGGCGACACUGUCUGCAUCACUGUCGUUGAGGUGCCGGAUCCCAACCUUGGCAAAGCCAUCGCCCUGCGUGGCAUUUUCGACGAUAGCCUAGGAAUCAACGCCGAAAUGAAAGAAGACGGCGUGGACGUGGUGGCGGUGGGAAGCUCCGUUCUCCGCGAGAUGGAAAACAGCGUCGCCGAGGUCGCCCCGGAUUUAGGCAUUACAAAUAGCCCGGUGGCGCGAGAACGACAACGUGAGAUCGAGAAGAGGGAGUUGGUCCUCGAGAAGGUGGGCUUCGCCGGUGAAGAAGACGGCUACUUAAAGAAGCUGCUUUUCCCUGUUGAGGGCCAGGGCAUCAACCUUGGCCAGAACGCGCGAUUAGACCUCCCAGCCGUCCUCGGCGCCAGUCGUGUAUGGUAUCACCUAUCUCUCCACCCCACGGAUGAGACGCCAGCCAGCCUGGCGGCUUUACCCUCCAUUACCUCUGCCUGGUCGGCCGGCACUGUAUCACGCCAACUCCGCGCGUGGAGGCUGCCUGAGUGGGCUAACCGUCGUAAUAAGAACCUUGACUUUACGGCGGACUACGACAUGGAUGAAUUUUGUCAGCGUUUUGCUCCCCUAGGUUGCCGAGAAGGUCGAGAAGGAAUCGAAACCUGGAUCCUAGAGAGGGGGUGGAGCAACGGCGAGGUCGUUCUCGGCAAGGAGCGCGUUUGGAUGCGGGAAACCUCCUGGUGGGAAGCUGAGACCAUGCUCGAUCUGCGGCCUCAGCAGGAAAACAUGCCAGCGAUGGGCGGCAUGCUCGGAAAUCCUGGUUUCGAUUCCGGAUACCCGAACAACAAUAGCGGAUUUUUCCCUCAACAUAUCCCCGACCAUGUCUCCAAUAGCAGUCGAGACCAGCUUCUAAAUCACCAACGCAACCAAAGCCAGUUGACUUUUGCGCAGAGUCAGAUGAGGGCGCCCUCGGUAGCUCCAUCGGCGAUGCGUGCCGGUAACGGUGACUACGGUCUAGGGACCAAAGGCGAUCAACAUCAAGACCAGCUCUUCUAUACUCCGGAGGGCGAUUUCAUAAACCAGCUCGACCCUGCUGACGCGAAGGGGAAGCAUGUUGAGACGACCGAUACGACCUUGACUCGCCGUGUCUGGGUCGGCUUUGUUUGGGCAUUGACCUUUUGGAUACCCUCCUUUUUGCUCACGCACGUCGGGCGUAUGAAACGACCGGAUGUUCGGAUGGCCUGGAGAGAGAAGUUUGUUCUGGUCUUCCUCAUCUUCCUCCUGAAUGCCAUGAUUGUUUUUUGGAUCAUCGCUUUCGGACAGCUUAUCUGCCCUAAUUUCGACAAGGCAUGGUCGCAGGACGAAGUCGUCAAUCAUCAAGGCGGUGAUGACUUCUGGGUUAGCAUCCACGGCAGAGUCUACGACAUAUCAAACUUCUGGAGACGGCAGCAUAGUGACACGAACAUCGCGACAACCAAUGACCUCAUGCAGCAGUUCGCCGGUCUGAAUCUGGAUGACUACUUCGUAGCUCCCCUUCCUCUCACUUGCCCAGGCCUGGGUGUUACCGAAACCUACCGACUAUCACUGAACAAUACGCUCUUGCUCCCGCAGGGUGCGCAUACGUCCGGAUACUUCCAGCCUGACCCCACGUCGAAGUUGAGGUCCGAUACCUGGUACCGUGACGUAUUUCAACCCAAGAUCAAGGAGUUCUACCAUGGUGAUCUAGUCUGGGACCUCCAAAGCGUGAAAGAUGACGGCAAGAAUAAUAACCACAUGUGGGUCAUCUACGAGGAUAGGAUAUACGACCUUACCAAUUAUUUUGUCACUGUCGAAUUUUACAAGAACCUGGACCAGUACAAUUUCUUGGACACAAAGCUGGUCGACUCCGUCAAGGACAACCCGGGACAGGACGUUACCGAGCUCUGGAACGAACAGAUUGAAAACGUGAAAACAAACCAAACGGCCUUCGCUCGGAAGAUGAACAGCAUCAAUUGUAUCAAGGAGACCUUUUACGUGGGCAUACCCGACUUCCGCUACACGCCCAGAUGUCAAGCCAACAAUUACAUCCUCCUCGCCUUCGCCAUCAUCAUCUGUUUGGUGAUCUUGAUCAAGUUUCUGUCUGCUCUGCAGUUUGGCUCCAAACGCCGUCCAGCGCCGCAGGACAAGUUCGUCAUCUGCCAGGUCCCGGCGUAUACCGAAGGAGAAGAUUCGUUAAGGAGCGCCCUCGAUUCCCUCACGGCGCUGCAAUACGAUAACAAGAGGAAGCUUAUUUGCGUCAUCUGCGAUGGUGUCAUCGUUGGUGAAGGCAAUGACCGUCCUACCCCCAAGAUUGUCCUGGACAUCCUCGGGGUUGAUCCAAAAGUCGAUCCUCCCGCCUUGCCUUUCAAGUCCGUCGGUACCGGCAGCGAACAGCUCAACUAUGGCAAAGUCUACUCCGGCCUUUACGAGUACGAGGGUAACGUUGUUCCUUACCUCGUUGUUGUCAAGGUGGGCAAGGAGUCGGAGCAGAGCAAAUCGAAGCCUGGAAACCGUGGCAAGCGUGACUCCCAAAUUUUAUUGAUGAGCUUCCUCAACCGUGUCCACCACCGUGCUCCGAUGAAUCCUCUCGAGCUUGAAAUGUUCCAUCAGAUCAACAACAUUAUCGGUGUCGACCCUGAGUUGUACGAGUAUCUUCUGAUGGUCGAUGCCGAUACUUGCGUCCGUGAGGAUUCUCUCAACCGCUUGGUCGCCGCCUGUGCCAACAAUUCCAAGAUUGCCGGUAUUUGUGGUGAAACCGGGCUGCAAAACGAAGAAAGGUCCUGGUGGAGUAUGAUUCAGGUCUACGAGUACUUCAUUUCCCACCAUUUGGCCAAGGCUUUCGAGUCGCUUUUCGGCAGUGUUACUUGUCUUCCCGGAUGUUUCUCGAUGUACCGUCUGCGCACCGCGGACAGGGGCAAGCCUUUGAUUAUUUCAGACGGCGUCAUCAGGGACUACAGUAUUUGCAACGUGGACACUCUCCACAAGAAGAACCUGUUGUCUCUCGGCGAGGAUCGAUACCUUACGACGCUCAUGACGAAGCAUUUCCCGUACAUGUCUUAUAAAUUCAUCCCCGACGCGUACUGUCAAACUGCCGCCCCUGAGAAGUGGAGUGUCUUGCUCUCUCAGCGGCGUAGAUGGAUCAACUCGACGAUUCACAACCUAGUCGAAUUGAUGAUGCUCAAAGACAUGUGCGGCUUCUGUUGUUUCUCGAUGCGUUUCGUCGUCUUCAUCGACCUUACUGGAACGAUCAUCCUCCCGUCCACCUGCGUCUAUCUGGGCUGGCUCAUCUACCGCUUGGCAACCCACACGGGCCCAUUUCCCACUAUCACCCUCGUCAUGAUCGCGGCAGUGUACGGUCUGCAGGCCCUGAUCUUCAUCCUCAAGCGAAAAUGGCAACAUAUCGGGUGGAUGAUCAUCUACAUCCUUGCCCUACCCAUUUACUCAUUUAUCCUGCCAGUCUACUCCUUCUGGAACCAAGACAACUUUAGCUGGGGUAACACGCGCAUCGUCAUCGGUGAGAAGGGCAAAAAGCAAGUGGUUGCGGUGGAUGACGAAGGCUUUGAUCCACGAUCGAUUCCUCUGCAACGCUGGGAUGAUUACGCUGCGCUGAACAAUCUGCCCGGUCGCCGUGGCCUCCACAGCGAGAAGGGACACGAGGCAUACGAUGACACAUACGAGAUGGAUGACAUGAAAUCGGUCUACUCAUCAGUCCGACAGCCGUCGGUUCUAACCGGUCUUCAGGGCCGCGGGGGAUACAUGCCACCCCAUUCGCCCGCUCCCUUCCAGAACAUGCUGCGCCAAUCCACGCACCCAUAUACCGACAACCCGAUGAACCGUCAAUCUACUGCUUCGUUCGGCGACAUCCAGCGCAUGCAAACGCCUUACCAGGACCUCCCCGCACACAGGCCUAGCAUGACCAACCUUCGGGCGGUUUCGAACAAUUCGCCACUCGAAAUGAACCGGAUCUCCAACGCGACGCUCGGCUAUGCCGGCGGACCCCGGCCGCCGUUCGGCCAGGGCCAUCAGCCCACAGCAUCGUUCGACUUCCAGCGGGGCCACAUGGGACCAGACGACAGCAUGAUCAUCGACGUUAUCCAAGCCGUGCUUCGCGAGGUGGACCUCGACACGGUGACGAAGAAGCAAGUCCGGGCCCUUGUCGAGCAAAGGUUACAGACGGAGCUGACGGGCGAGCGGCGGGCGUUCCUCGACCGCCAGAUCGAUAACGAAUUGGCUAAUAUGUAGUGCCUUGCCGGGAUGUCUUUCUAUAUCUCUCCCGAUACCUACCGUAACAUGAAGAACAAUAUGAGAGAAGCGGGGAAGAAAGGGAAAACGAACAGGGACGAAGUCCCGACUAAUUGGAAAACCGGGAUGUAUAUAUAGCGUGCGAAGGCGGAAGAAAUCUUAUCUUACCUAUCUACAUCAUGUUGUCCGAUAAUGACUGCCGGAC